UUUUAUGCAUUUUAGACUCGUGUAUAAAGUUAAAUAAAGUAUAAUGUUAAUUAUAAUGUAAAUUUAGUGAAUUAAGGUGCUAGAUCAGGAUUGUCACAUUCUGAUUUAAAUUAAAAUUAAAUCGUAAUUAAAGAAGAAUGUCUGAAUUACCAGGAGAAUUAACAGCCAGACCAUUGGCUUUUAUAGCCAUUACUGGUUUAGAUACAUCAAAUGCAAUCCAUAAAUCCGUAUGGGAUGCUUUUAUCAAUAAUCGUCGUCCCGACAGUGCGGCUAUUCAAUAUAAAUUACUGUCUGAGACUCAUGAAUUUCCCACGGUCAAACCGAAGCGAAAUUCGUAUGAAUGGUAUAUACCGAAAGGAAUAUUAAAAAGAAACUGGAUGAAUAAAUAUUUGAACGAGAUUCCAGCUGUUGUUGUCGUUUUUUACGACCUGGACUGGAACGAUCCAAUGUGGAACGAAAAAAAAAUGGAAUGUGUAUCCCGAGUCCAUGCCCUACGAGCCGCCUUGGAAGGAAGAAACACGAAAAUAGCGAUAGUUUUAAUUCAGAGACAUGCAGCUCCUCCAGGAACAGAAGAUGUCCUCGCAACUGAAAGAGCUACUGCUCUAUAUACGGCUUGUGAAGUUCCAGCAAAAUCUUUGUAUAUUUUACCUCAUGGAGAUCAUUUGAUGGGAUAUAUUACUAGAUUAGAAGGUGCAUUUAACGACCUGGCCCAAGGAUUUUAUCACCACGAGUACCGAAUCGUGAAAGGACAUCGUGAACAUUUGAACAAAUCGGUUCAUCAAUAUUUAUUUGUUCGGCAUCAGUUCAAAAUGGGCUUUUUUAAUGAGCUAAAGCACGAACAACACACUGCUCAAAAGCACUAUCAGCAGGCAUACAGUAAUUUAUUGGAUAUACGAAUGGUCGACACAAAUGCACUAGAAAUUAAAACCAUAGCGAGUUUUAUUAAUUACAAACUCUGUAGAUUAAUGUUUCAUCUGAAUCUUCCAAAAGACGCGAUAUCGCAAUUUAGAAGUCACACUGAAAGAUUCAAAGCAAGAACCGGACCUAAGGAAUUAAUAUUCGAGCACCACGCGUGGAUGUCGAGCCAGUAUUCGACAUUUGCAGAAUUAUUUGACGAGGCAAUUAGACAAGGGCUUCCGGCUGUACAGACACAACAUCCGGGUUAUUAUUUCCAAUUGGCUGCAAGACAUGCGAGCCACAGACAAGCUGCUGCUAAAGAAAUUUGUAAUAAUGUAGAAACGUAUCCGGAACCAGAUCCCUUGACAGGUAAGGAAAAGCUCGAAUUUUAUGGGCAGCGACCCUGGCGUCCAGGAAAAUUAAGUGCGGAACCCGCCGAUAUAAUGGGAGAAACUUCCGCAAUUCAGGCACUUCAAUUUAGAGAAAAAACUACUGUUAAUCAUUCUAUGAUAAUUAUAGGAUUACUAGGAAAUGCUAUAUCUCAAUUUAAAAUUUACCGGUGUCCUCGAAUGCGUCGAGUAUUAGUUGUUCAAAUGGCUGAAGAAUACUUCAACGCUAAAGACUACGGGAAGGUAUUAACAUUAUUGAUCCACAUGUUGUGGGAAUAUCGGACCGAGCGAUGGCCGCUUUUAUUGACUAAUAUUUUAAAGACUGCACUUCGAGCCGCUUAUUUAUCCGCAAAUGUCCAAGACUACCUCGCACUGGCUCUCGAAGCCUUAGGACCUGCAACUACUUUUUCUGAUGAGCGUCGAUCGGCCAUACACGCGAAUAUUUGUAAUAUUCUCCAGAGAAAACCUCCAAAUCCCGAGCCAGAUUUGCCAGAAAACGAGAAAAUUUCUCCUCUUCCAAAAUGGAAUUCUCAACUUAAUCAACCCGAGCCCAUUUUAUUUACGAUGGACGAUAAUAAUGCUGCUUCAUUUAUAGAAGUAAAGGCCAGAUUUACGGAACCAAAAUACAGUGUUAAUUCUACAGUCACGAUUGAAGUUCUUGUAAGGAACUCGUAUCGUGGAAAUAUCGAGUUUUCCAAAGUUUCCGUCACAGUCAAUAGUCCAGGACAUAGUGCGGAAUUCGCUAUAACUGGGAGUGAGCAAAACGAUCUCCUGUUCCAUGAUGGAGAGACAAAAAAAUUUCUUUGUCAAUUUCAAACUCCGCCACAAACUGACGGAACGGAAAUGCAAAUUAGUGUCAUAUCCCUUUACUUAGGUCGAGAAAACAACUGUUGUGUUGUUAUGCGCUUUUCUGCAACAGGAGAGGCAAAUUCUACUGAUCGGACCUAUCCUGAAGUACAACAGCUUCGAGGUGGCGAAUUCGAUACGCUGAGGCCUUUAACGACAGCACAGAUAAAACACGAGGAGUCGAAAGUAAUUAUGGAAACUGAAUCCGAAGAGCCGGCUCUCUUAGGAGAAUGGUUUCCAGUCAGGAUAUCAAUUUCCACUAAUGAAAAUAUUGCGAGCGCUAUUUUGCGAAUUGCACUUUUAUCUGAUGGCACGAAUGAACAGUCAACCGAGUUGAGUUUAAACGCAAAAGAUAAGCAAUCAAAUUUAUUAGUGGAAAUCGGCAGUAUUGAGGAAAACAUACCAGUGGAGCGAAUAAUUUACGUUAGGGCUCACAAAAUAGGGAGUAGAAACUUUUCCAUAAAAUUGGAAUAUUCAAACUCCGAGCUCAAAAAAGGCUCGAGUGAAAUAAAAUAUUCUUUGUGUGUCGUGAAACCGUUUGAAAUUACGACUCAGUUUUAUACGAUGCUCUACGAACCGCUGACGAAGGGAUUUAUUAACGAGUCCUUCUUUAUGAUGCCGCAUAUUACUUGCACUUCACCUUGGCCUAUAAAAAUUAUAGAAACUUCAGUUGAAUUGGGAGAUUCCAUUAAGAAAGAGGGAGAUUCUGAAGAAUGCAUUUUGGCAGGAACUGUUUUGAGAGAAGGAGAAGCCGGCACUGAUGUUUAUUGUGUUUUUCCAAAAAUUGGGAGUGAGCAGCCCACAAGCACUGGUGUUUACACCGUCAAGUGGAAAAGAGCAAAUAGUGAAGACGCCUUCGAAACGAGCAACAGCGUCACAUUGACUCCACUUUGGGUGGAAGACGCUGUAAUUGGAAUCGAAGCCAAUUUUCCAGCUCACGGAUGGGUCCGAACACCUUUGUGUGUUACUUAUUAUAUUCGAAAUCAUUCCGAAUUUUUAAUUACUCUUCACCUGACUAUGGAAGCAAGUGAUGCUUUCAUGUUCGCUGGUAACAAACAGGUCGAUAUCUGUAUUCUUCCGGAAAGCGAACGAAAAGUUGAGUGGAUUUUGCGACCACUUGUCGCUGGUUUUGUUGCGCUUCCAUCAUUGACUCUCACUGUGCCUGCUGAAGAGGAGCAUAAAUUAAGCAAAAACAGACUAGCCGAAGUUCUAGAAAGGUCUUUACCAAGUCACAUAUACAUAAUGCCAAAAUCGGAAACCUCAGAGGAAUAGUAUUAAAUCAGAGUGGAUCAUCUUCCCAGGAAGCACAGUUUUUUUUUGUAAAUUGUAUUUAAAAAAAAAGGUGGAAGUGUAUUUCGAGAUUUUUGAAUGUUUCUAAUUAUUGAGAAUAUGUACAAAAUAUCUGUUUGUAAAAUAAACUUUGUUUAAGCUGACCUC